UUGUAGGGAGAUGUCUCUUCAUAUUUUCUGACAUAUUGAAUCACAUGUCAUUGCAAGUUUGCUGUGCCUUCUGAUCCUUGGGACCUCAGAAUUCAUUCAUGUGCAGCCCAGGAUAUGCAAGCCAAUCUACGCUCAUUCAGUUGCCAUGAUCAAAGCGAAGGGACGUGAAGCUGCACUAUCAGCCGAUGAUGAUGAAGAUAGAUUGGAGGACGAUUUAGGCAUCGGAGGACAAUGGUCACUGGAAGAAAGGCAGCAAGUUGCUGCCCGUAUUGAAGCCUCGGGGACGCCCUUGGGUCUCCCAGAUGUGGCUUUCGAUGCGCCAUCCAUGGUGCAGGAUGCGUAUGAUGCAUGCAUCCAGAAAAGCGCUGGUAUCGAUUUCAUGAUGGAUGCCAUCCUACAAGCUGCAAGGCGAAUGGAUGCUGAGAAUUGGGAGCGUUUCCAGCAGAUCCCCUUGCUUCAUGUCCACCAGGAUGAUGCAGCGGUCCACAGCAACCUGUUUGCCCAGACUGAGCCCAGUUGGCGUCCAUUGCUUCAGCGGCCCAAGAAGCGGAGACAGAGCUGUGAAUUUUUGCACAUGGGGACUGCAGCCAUGACUUCUGGUCUUGCAGACUUUUUGACUAAGCUUGGUUGGUCUGGUGUUUGUGUGGGGCCAGUUAAGCCUCCACCAGGCAAUGAGGACUUGCUGAAGCACGUGAAUCUCGAUCCGGCGGCAGAGAAGGACCAGAUGCAGAUUGAUGCUCUCUUGUCCGAAACUGGCGGACUGGUUCCCAGACCUCCGACAUUUCCACUGGCCUAUGUCAACGUCGUUUUCAACGUCAAUGAGGAAGCCAACUUGUUGGACCCAAAUGAUGACGACUAUGAAGAACAGCUGGAAGCAAGGCAGAGGAAAGAAGAGAUGGAACAACAGCAGCAGAAAGAGAAGAGAACAAGUAAGGAACAGUCUCAGCAAGAAAAUGCACCUCUACCCGCUAUUCCUCCUGCCACAAUUGCAGGCUACGGUGUGGUGGGCCUUACGCGGGGUCACCGUGUGCGGCGACGUUUGCAAGCCUUGAAGAACAGCUUGGCGAUCACCUUAGGUCGGCUGGCGAAGGAUGGGACGCUGGUGGUUCUAUGGCCUGGCCUCCCUCUACACCCAGUGUUGUUCUUCAUAGCAGGUUCUCUUCGCCCGCUCUUUCAGCGUGUGCACGUCUUUAGCCCAGAAGGCUCCAAGACCUUCGAAGUGUACAUCCUCGCGGCUGGAUACAAACGUGAGAAAGCUGACAGCAAAGUGCCUGGAAUGGGUGGGCUAGAGCUCAGAAGCUUUUUUGAAGAUACCUGGAGGUGUGACGGAUUGGAUGAUGUGCUGUUGUGGACCCUGGCACCUAUGGCCGAAGAUGAGGAGACCAACGUGGGUAUCACAGGCAAAGGUUUGAUCUUGGGCUACACGCAACUCUGGAAGACCUGGGGAACAAAGCUGACAUCUUUGGCUUUGGACCUUGGCAUGCUGCUGGGCCAGGAUGAUGGUAUGGCAAGUCCAACUUCAGGCAAGAAGUCGACCAGAACAAAAGCAGCUCGAGCCAAGGAGCGGGCCAAAAACAGAGAUAAGAAACCUCCAGAAGCCGCGCCAAAGCUGCCAAAGCCGAAAGAGACUGAUGUCACAAAGAAGACAGCACCAAAGGAGCAACCAGCUGCUGACGAACCGGACAAGGUGUCUGAAAAACCCAAAGCUGAGGCCCAGGAGGCAUCUGAAAAGCCCAGAGCAGACGGGGCUGAGGAAGCAUCUGAAAAGCCCGAUGAGGAGGCACCUGAAAAACCUAAAGAUCAGGAGGCAUCCGGCGAGCCGAGAGACGAGGCUUCCCACAGCCCAAAGGCCCCAGAGGCGGCCAAAGGCGCCCCAGAGGUCACGGUGAAAACCGCUGCCGCGGUGUCGGAGCAGAGGGAAGAGAAGCAGGAUGAAGAUACAAGACAGCCAGACACAAAGGGCGAAAGGGAUCGACGACCUUCAGAUCCUGAUCCAAAAGGAAGCUCGCGCCGAAGUAAGCCAGGAGGAUGGGCGCGCCGCCAAGUUCCCUUUGGCGCGAAGUUGCACCCCGUGGAGGACAGGCUUCGAAGGUGGAUUCUUGUCAUUGUUGCUUGCUCCAUGUCACUCUUGGAAAGCGACAUGAAUUGCAAUGAUAUUUCCAUCACAUGACGAGUGGCGGGGGGAUCAAAAAAGCGAUCUAUUUUACUCUUCUCCAGCUCUAGCUAGUCGGCUUCCACUUUGUUGAACUUACGUAUCUUCAAAAAGGUAAGACUCAUCACGAACAGAAGUGGGGAUGCUUCGGCCGCUACCAGCAAUAUGUCACGCCCUUAAAGUAAUAUUGGCGAGGGAAGUAGUUCACACUCUCUCAUUCCAGGAAGUUGAAGGUUUAUGAAUUUCUGGGUCUCAACCUGACUUGUCUGUUCUGGCUGCGCGAGUGGCUACCAACCAGCGCAGAACCUCCUCAAGUUCCGGGCUCUUAGCAAUAUUUUGCACUGCCAGUCAUCUUUGAAUCUUUGAGCGCUCACACAAAAUCCGCAAGAGUGCAACUUGUGCACGCAGUUGCGUUAUCUUGGAAGUACUGCGUCAACGCUCGUGUGCCUGGAGUAUCAUCUUGGAAGGGCCCUUCCAGCAGCGUAUUGUUAUCUUGGCCCAACCUACCCUACCAACCCCUUUUAAUUCGCGACUCUUCAAUGACAAUGUUGCGAGAAUGUUGUGACAUGGAUGACGAUGUUGGAGUCGGUGACAAUGCUAUUUCGGUGCGUUUUGCAGGCUAGCAAAUCACUGCGUACAGUGGCGUAUUUGUUAUGCGAAAGCAGCCGUCCACAAGAAAAGAGCUUUGAAAAAGCGUUUUUCCUUACCCAGUCGAUCCCAACAGCAAAGACGGACGAAGAAGUACGAAGCGCACAGAUCUUGGCGUUUAUAGGCCUUCGCAAUGAGAAAGAAAAGAAAACGAAAAGAAGAGAAAAGAAAAGAACAUAGAAAAGAAAAGAAAAGAAAGAAAGGAAGGAAGGAAGGAAGAAAGCAAGAAAGCAUGCAAGCAAGCAAGGAAAGGAAGGAAAGUAAAGAAAGAAAAGAAAGAAAAGGAAGCAAGGAAGCAAGAAAGCAAGCAAGCAAGGAAAGGAAGGUAAGGAAGGUAAGCAAGGAAAGAAAGGAAAGAAAGGAAAGAAAGGAAAGAAAGGAAAGACAGGAAAGAAGGGAAAGAAAGAAAGAACGAAAGAAAGAACAGAUUGAAAUCAUUUGGAUGCAUUUGAUGCUGUGUUGUUAUGUGUCGUUGGUUAACAGUGCUUGCACCGUUUCCCUUCUCAACGUUUUGGCCCAAGAAGCCUUUUGCUCGAAGUUAAUGUUGACCCAGGCAAUCCUUGUAUAAUGCAACAUUGGCAGUGGGACUUGGGCUGCAGGUUUGUUAGCUGUGAUGUUGCCGAUCAGUCAUACCAGACAGGCUAAAAUCUCGGCAAAACCCUGCAAAGAAAAAC